CACCUGUCGCGCGACCUGAAGAAAGUUGUAGAAGUUGGAGUGGGCUGGCCCAUUGUUCGAGCCCGGGGAGGGGUGGGCGGCGAGUCCGGAACGUCCAAGGAAGGAAAAUAAGAGCGGUCGGACGGUCCCACCCCUCUGUCAGGGAAGGAAUGGAGCGUUCCAGGARCACCAAACGCUCCGAGAAAACUUUCCGAACUCCUCCGUGUCAUCCGGAGAAAUGAUAACUAACAAAAAAUAUCACAGAAAUCCUCCGCAGGAUCAGAGUCAGCCUGAAGAGUUGGUAACAAAAUGUCGUCGGAAGUGAAAAUGACCCGGGAUGAACUUUUAGAAGUUGACAUAUGUGACGGUGGCGGGUGUUCCGAGGACGAGAGCGGCGUUUUCCUGAACUCCAACUCGACCUACGAUGAUUUCUCCGGCUUUCAGCAGUGGAACGACCCGGCCGACCGGAGCGACCCGACGAAGGACACAUCAGCACCAGAGCAGGAGGUCUCCCGGGAGCUAGCAGCUCCGCCUGGCGCCGUUACUGCCGCCGGAAGGAGCAGCGCGGGCGGUGACAGCGACUUGGAAUCAGAUGGUCUCAGGAGUCCGAGGACCUCCAUAGUGGACUGUCUGCUGGUGGAGCUGUAUGACACAUACAGCGGAGGCGGCAGGAGGAACGUGGACAGCUGGGACAGCUCCACGGAGGCGUCCGGUUCGGAUGCCUUCCUGGGCCGGAGCAACUGCGGCUCCAGCUUUCUGCAGGAGCUGCAGGAGAAGCACACCAGGAGGCACCAGAAGAACUACCUGGCCCAGAAAGACCUGGAGGAGCUGCAGUCCAUCAUUCAGGAGGUCAAAUAUCGUUCAGGCCUGCAGUCAGCCAAGCUGCUACGGCAGCUGAAGAGACGCGACCGACUCUGCCACAAGCGGCAGAAGAACUACGACAUCAUCACAGCGUGUCUUCAGGCUGUAUCGCAAAAGAGACGAGUGGACACGAGGCUGAAGUUCACCAUCGAACCCUCGCUGGGAAAGAACGGCUUCCAACAGUGGUAUGACGCCCUUAAAGCUGUGGCCAGGCUUCCUACUGGGAUACCAAAAGAAUGGAGAAAGAAGGUUUGGCUAACACUGGCAGACCAGUACCUCCACAGUAUCUCUAUCGACUGGGAGAAAACUCUUCGUUUUGCCUUUAACGAGCGCAGCAAUCCGGACGACGACUCCCUCGGCAUCCAAAUCGUCAAGGAUCUGCACCGGACAGGCUGCAGUUCCUACUGCGGCCAGGAGGGGGAGCAGGACAGGGUGGUGCUGAAGCGGGUUCUGCUGGCUUACGCCCGCUGGAAUAAAGCUGUGGGUUACUGCCAAGGAUUCAAUGUUCUGGCUGCUCUCAUACUGGAAGUUACAGAAGGCAAYGAGAGUGAUGCUCUUAAGGUGAUGGUGUAUUUGAUUGACAAAGUCCUGCCAGACAGUUAUUUUGCAAACAACCUGCGAGCUUUGUCAGUUGACAUGGCGGUGUUCAGAGAUCUGCUGCGUCUGAAGCUGCCCAGAUUGUCUCAGCACCUCCAUCACCUUCAGAAAGCAGCCAACAGAGAAGCAGGAGGCAGCUAUGAACCUCCUCUGACCAACGUCUUCACUAUGCAGUGGUUUCUGACCAUGUUCGCUACCUGCCUGCCAGCGCCCACCGUCCUGAAGAUCUGGGACUCGGUUUUCUUCGAGGGCUCGGAGGUUCUGUUUCGGGUCGCUCUCGCCAUCUGGGAGAGGCUGGGAGAGAGGAUCGAGUAUUGUCAGACAGCAGACGAGUUUUACAGCACGAUGGGRUGUCUCACUCAGGAGAUGCUGGAACACAACCUGAUGGAUCCGGCUGAACUCAUGCAGGAGGUUUACUCCAUGGCCGUGUUUCCCUUCCCCCAGCUGGCUGAGCUGAGAGAGAAAUACACCUACAACAUCACUCCGUUCCCUACCUCAGUCAAAUCUAACGGAAGCGGCGGUCAGAGCAGCUGGGAGAGCGACGACGACGCCGACAUGGACGAUGAAGACUCCGUGGCAACUGCGCUCGGCUGUCUGGGGCCUCUGGGUGGUCUGCUGGCCCCUGAGCUGCAGAGAUACCAAAAACAUCUCAAAGACCAGCGYGCGGAGCAGGGCACCAUCGCAGAGCUGAGUCCAGGAGCGGUGGGAGCCGGAAUGGGAGCAGGAGGAGGAGGAGGGAACGCUAAAGCAGAACACCAGGCGGCCAUUAACAGCAUGAUGAUGGAGAGGAUGAGCACCGACAUCUCCGCGCUGACCAAGCAGUACGCACGAAUCAAGAGGCGGCAGCAGCAACAGGCUAUGCAACUCUACAUCCGCACAGGACCUGGACCUGAAGUGGCCACCAGUCCAGGGGUUCUUCAGGACGGUUCCAACAAACACUGCAAAUGUACUGACCACCACGCUGACGACAAGUGUCCUGCCACACGUGUCCUGGCCUCCCAGCUCAACCCGUCCAGUUCAGUCAUCAACCACCUCCUCCUGGGUCGAAAGCAGCGAGGCGGCUCCCGAAGCUGCAGACCGAUGUCCGCCAGCACCCCCUCGCUCCCGGGGUCCAGAUCGGUUCCCCUGUCCCUCGGCGAGCGGUCUCCGUCCAGGCAACGCUGCAGCUCGCUGCUCUCCAACAGCACUGGAUCUCCUGGGAGCUCUGGAGGCGGCGCCGGGUCUCCCUGGCGUGCUCACGUCCGGCAGCAUCGCAGGAAUAUAGCCAGGGCUCGAGCGCAGCUUGGGUUUGAAGAUGCGGAAGAAAAGUUAGAGGAUGGGGAUGAUGAGGAGGACCGAGAAUCAGUUGGAGUGGAGGGCGGGGAGAGGAAGAAAACAGAUGAGGAGGAGAGUGACUCCUCUGUGGCUCCAUCUCCUGAAGCCUUCGGCUGUAGUACGGUGCGUGAGGAGGCUCCUCUGGGUUCAGAUGAGGAGAAAAAGGCAGAAGUUGAAGAGGUGGUGGUGCAGCUGGACUCGAUAGAUCUGGAAGCAAAGCAGACUUCCUUCAACAAGCCGGAUUCACAAUCAGAACUACAAGGAAGUCCACCUGCUCCCCCGAUUCCUCUUCUCCCUCCACCUCCACCCUCAAACAGACACAAAGAGUCCGAGAAACGCUGUCCUCCUGUUUCUCUACCUCCUCCUUCCACAUCAAGUACAGCUCCGGUUUCUCCUCCGUCUCCUGGUCCCUCUUCCCCCAUCUCACCUUCACUGACCUCCCCUCUCCCGUCUUCUUCCUCCACCAACGCUUUAUCAGCUCUCGCUCUUCCCUCCUCCUUUCCUCUGAACAAAGCCUGCUCCCCCUCCACCCCUUCACUCUGCUCCAUUUCAUCGUCUCCAUCCAACCUCUCCUGUUCCCCGUCGGCCGCCGGCACGCCGAAGMAGCAGGUCUUCUCCCCGUUCCCUUUAAUAAAGCAGCCCAGGAAGUCUUUGGCGGCCAGAAACCUGGGCCUUUACGGGCCCACGUCCAGGACGCCCACGGUCCACUUCCCCCAGCUCAGCCGCAACCUCAACCGGAGCAGCAGUGCCGCCGCUGGGGCGACAGGAAGACGAUAAAAACACGGAGUUUAGAGCUACACCACAUUGCCUCCUGCAUAUUUAGCAAGCAUCCCUUAAUUUAUCUAAAGGAGAGUGAAAGAUGAAGAUAGAUGAAGCUCAGACAGAUGAAGCUCACUAAUUCUGCAAUUUAAAGCCAUUACAAAACAUAAGGAGGACUUUAAAGUGUGAAGGAAUGUUUGUCCAUCUGUAUUUGGACCACAGUUAAAGGUAUUGGGUCAGUAAAAAGCCCUUUACAGUCACUUAUAAAGGUCCUGUUUGACCAAACUGAAAUCUCCAAGUUUCUUUUUGAAACCUUCAUGUUUUCACGCUGAUAAUAAGCAUUUCUUCAGUAGCAGUUUGUGCUUCUACAGAGGAUUGUCUCCGAACUGAAGCGUUCAACCAAUGCUUCCAUGUUGAAUUUUAUGGUGGGGUGAAAAAAAGAAAAAACACUUAAGUAUUUUUGUUUUUGUUGCACAAUAGCCAUACAACUGUUCCUAAGCCAAGUAUUUAAACUACACAUUAAAAUAUGCCUAAGAAGUUCUGUAAACCAAUAAUAAAAAAAGUUCAGUAACCUGCCAACUGCAAUGAAUGAUGUCCUGAAGCACUUAACUUUUGUUUUUCUAUUAAUAAAACCCUCCAGUAAGUGAA